CUUAAGGUGACGCGCUCCCUCCAGAAUCCAGAAUUCCUUGAUCAGCCUCUCGUCCCCGUGGUUAUCUAAAUGAAGUUGUGACUGAUGUGCGUGUGAUUUCGUGUGUGAAUAUCGCGUCAAAUAUUCACACAACGGAAGGAGUUCCGGCCUUCAGCAUCCAACUCCUCUAGUUAAUUCAUAUUUUGUGAUUUGUGGCACUCGUCGAGUGAUUAUCGAGGAUAAUGUCAACACAGCCCCACAGUAGGAAACGUGUCUGCUAUUAUUACGAUAGCGAUAUAGGAAACUAUUACUAUGGGCAAGGGCACCCCAUGAAACCCCACCGGAUAAGGAUGACACACAAUUUACUACUCAACUAUGGACUCUACAGGAAAAUGGAGAUUUAUCGUCCACAUAAAGCAACAGCCGACGAGAUGACCAAGUUCCACAGUGACGAAUACAUAAGAUUCCUGCGAUCAAUUCGACCUGAUAAUAUGUCUGAAUACAACAAACAAAUGCAAAGAUUCAAUGUCGGAGAAGAUUGCCCAGUGUUCGACGGACUGUACGAGUUCUGUCAGCUGUCAGCUGGUGGCUCAGUGGCGGCAGCAGUAAAGCUGAACAAACAGGCCUCAGAAAUCUGCAUAAACUGGGGUGGAGGUCUCCACCACGCGAAAAAGAGUGAAGCCUCAGGAUUCUGCUACGUGAAUGACAUAGUCCUAGGCAUCCUGGAGCUCCUAAAAUACCACCAAAGAGUUCUGUACAUCGACAUAGACGUGCACCAUGGCGAUGGUGUCGAGGAGGCGUUCUACACGACAGACAGAGUGAUGACAGUGUCCUUCCACAAAUACGGUGAAUACUUCCCAGGAACGGGUGAUCUACGGGACAUUGGGGCUGGCAAGGGGAAGUACUACGCCGUUAACAUACCACUGAGGGAUGGAAUGGACGACGAGAGCUACGAGUCCAUUUUUGUUCCAAUAAUCUCGAAGGUCAUGGAGACAUUUCAGCCAUCAGCUGUUGUGCUCCAGUGUGGAGCUGACUCUCUCACUGGUGAUCGACUCGGUUGCUUCAACCUGACUGUCAGGGGCCAUGGGAAAUGCGUGGAAUUCGUCAAGAAGUAUAACUUACCGUUUCUCAUGGUGGGUGGGGGUGGCUACACCAUCAGAAAUGUCUCCAGAUGCUGGACAUACGAAACAUCAGUUGCUCUUGGCUGUGAAAUAGCCAAUGAACUACCUUACAACGAUUAUUUCGAGUAUUUUGGCCCUGAUUUCAAGCUUCACAUCAGUCCGUCCAAUAUGGGUAAUCAGAAUACUGUGGAGUACUUGGAGAAAAUCAAGACGAGGCUCUUUGAGAAUCUCAGGAUGCUGCCUCAUGCACCUGGGGUACAGGUUCAGGCGAUUCCUGAGGACGGGGCGACUGUCGAGGAUUCAGAGGCUGAGGAGAAGGUCAAUCCUGAUGAGAGACUGCCCCAGAGGGAUUUGGAUAAGAGGAUACAACAUGACAAUGAGUACAGCGAUAGUGAGGACGAGGGGGAGGGGGGCAGGAGGGAUAACAGGUCGUUCAAGGGCUCCAGGAAGAGACCCAGGCUCGAGAAGGGACAGGAGAGCAUGGAGACCGAUAUCAAGAAGGAGGAUGAUGCCAAAUCGGAUAUUAAAGAAAAUGACAAGGACGACAAGGUGAAUGCCAUGAACGAGGAAACGAAGAAAGAGAGUGUGAAUCCUUGAUAGGCAACAAUCUACAAGAGCCGAAGAAAUUGACAUAAGAGAAAAUCCUAAUAAUAAUUUUCAAAAUCAAGUAUAAAUAAGAGGGGACAAAAAGAUAAGGGAUUAUCAUUGUGUUUGGAGUGAGUAUUUGCUUGAAUUAAUCAUCGAGCCUCGAAACGAUGAAUUAGAUUCUCAACUGCAGCACGAACGAUCAUUGUACAGGCCUAUCUCCCUGAAAUCCAAGAGUAAUUGAUGAAUUUAAUGUCUGAUAUCGUGGAGAGAGCAUUAAGCACGACGCAAGAUAAUUUUUAUCGAAACAAUACAGAUGUAUUCAGUGUGAAUGUCAAGUGAUUAGUUAAUCGUCAAUGCCAUUUUUAUAAAUUACUAUUUUGAUCAGUCUUGUUCAUCGUAUUUACGUAGUAGAAUUUUUCAUUUAAAGAGUGAUCAAUUGAGAGAGACUAUCUUGCUUCCUACUUUUGUAUAAAAUGAAUGAUAUUUCAAACUCCCAGACAAUGGGAUUAUGUUUUUGUUCUCGUUUUCAUUCCACCAUUCAUUGGGAAAAAAAUUACUUCUGCCGAAUGAAUAUUCAUUUGAGAGAAUUGUGUCACUUUCCAGAGCUGUACUUCUCUAUAAUUAUUUUAUUAUGAUGUGUGGGGGAAUUUUCAAUAAUUUCUCAUGUCGAUAAUCGUUCGGAGUUCAUUCAGAUCGUGUGCAAAAAUUAUUCUGUGAUGAAUCGCAAUUGUAACGAUGAGUUAAUUCUGUCAAAUUAAUAUUCACUCGGCAGAAUGAUUUUUUUCUCGGUGUUCGUGUCCAACGACUAGGGUUCGUUCAUUUCCAAUGCCGCAUGCUCAUUCUUCUCGUAAUUAUUUGAUUGGAGGUUCUGGGGGUCGAUGUAUCAUUGGAGAACAGAAGAUAUUAUUGAAUUUUUCAACUAGGUGUUAGGGUAUUCCACAAUGAAAUUAUGUAAUCGAACAUCUUUACGUUAUGAAGUAGAGGUGAAUUGAUUCUUGUCAACUGAACUGGAGCGCGGGUUCGGGUUAAAAUUGUAGCAUUUCAAAUCGACGUUUUUCCUAUUUGUGAUGACAAAUAAAAAAUUAAUCAUUCUA